UUUUAGACGGAAAUAGAUGGAUUAUUGGAUAAUGAAUUAAUGAUGACAUUAGAAGAUCUAAGAGAUACCGCAAUACGACCACAUCAUUGGUCAGGUGCAAGUAGUAGUCGAGCAAGUACAUCCAGUGGUUCGAAUGGUUUUACAGUUAUAACAAAAAUGACAAAAAGACGUGGAUCAUCACAAAUUCGACAGAAUAAUUUUAAUUCGAAUUGGAAAUUAACUGGAUCACCGUAUGAAAGUUUCGUUUACAUUGAUUAUUUUUUUCAUGAAAAACAAUCAACUAAACAAAUUUGCUAUCCACAAGCUGUACAUUCUAAAACCGGUGAUCUUCUAAGACUUCGUGAUUCUGUACGAGUAAAUUCCAUUGAUGGUGAACCAAAUUUUGCAUGUAUUUGUCGCUUAUUCAAUGAUCCAAAAACAGGUAAGGAAAAAUAA